UACUGUUGAUUAUUCCAAAAUAAUUCAAGAGGGAUAAGUUACAUAAUUUCAUUUAUAUAUUAACCUUGUUCUCACAGUAUGGGAGGUCACGAUGUACACCAUCAUGGUCCACCAUAUAAAAUACCCAGCCCUGAUAUUUUUAAAGUGGAAGAUGUACCAGAAUUGAAACAUGUUCAAGAAGAAUUAGCCAAGAAAGGAUUGAAGGAUCCUUGGCUAAGAAAUCAUGUGUGGCGUUUCAAGAGAAGUGCAUCGCCUUUUAUGCGCGGUAUUAUAUGUUUAACGAGAGGUUGGAGAGUUGGUGUACCAGCAUUCCUCAUAACUAUCGCUGUUGAACAAUAUUUUGGAAUUGAUUACUCAGGGCAUGGUCAUCAUGAGGACAAGCAUGGAAAUGGUCAUCAUUAGUGUUUUCUUUAAAUAUUAAAAUGAUAUAAACAAGUAAGAAAUAGUAGAGUGUAAAGGUAUCUAAAUAAGUUACAAAAAUAAAUUACAAAAGUAAUAGCUAUAAUGUAUUAGUUAAUAUCUGUUUAAUUAUUAUUAAUUUUAUUAUAGUUACAUUAGAAACCUCUUGUCCAAUAAUGAUUUGUUGCAGAGAUUUCUCUUAACAUUGCACCUAAUGAUUAUUAAGAAUAAUUGCGAUAUGACAACUGUCGCUAUACAAGCGAAAAUGUAAGAAUUACACAAUAUCAAAAAGAAGGCAAACACUGUGAUCUCAAAUGUUGCUAAUAACCAUUCAUUUCCAUGAAGCACUACUUUGUUGAAGGAAUAAUUGUUAUCUGUAAAAAUAAAAUUAGAUUUAUUAAAAAUGA